AUGUUCAACGCGACGCAGCAGUUUGUGUCUCUCUUUCCACCUGGCUUCCCUGUUCUGAUCCCACCUCUUGUCUGUCGAACUGCGAAGGCCGAGGAAGAGGCUAAAAUGGUUUCGACCCCCACUAUCUCUCGCCAGCGACCCGGAUCGGCCUGCGAAGAGUGUCGUCGUCGAAAGGUUCGGUGUGAUCGUCGUCGCCCCCAGUGUCAGGUUUGCUUCGAGACGGGUAUUGAGUCCGCUCUGGAACGGUGUCUUGCCGAUCAGCAUCCGGCGAUUAACCAUCAAAUGGCCAACCUAUUCAACGGGUCUCUAGUAGACAUGGAUCCGGAGGACGAUCCUCUCAAAGAUCUGCCAUCACUAUCUGACUCUCUCCAUGAUUGUCUUUCUGACGACCGCGGAACGGACAUCAAAUCGCCUACUUCAUUUGACUCCCAGCCCCGAACAACGGGACUAGUUUCUGAAUUCAUGCGAGCUGAUCUCGACCAACUCUACUUCGACCGUGUACACCCAUUCGCCCCCAUUCUACAACGCUGGCGCUAUCACGUCUGGGCCAAACAAGGCAAGAAGACCGACGCCCAGACCUGUCUGCAGUAUGCCAUGUGGACUGUCGCAGCGUCCCUUUCCGCCCAAUUUCAAUCCUUCCGCGACACGCUGUACCAAGAAACACGGCAGAUGCUGGACAGUCUUGACGUACGGACUCCCCGAUCAAUGACCAUGGGCGUUAGCUCGGGACCCGGCAUCGAGCAAGCCCAGGCGUGGGUCUUGGUUUCUAUCUACGAGUACAUGUAUCUAUCGCCGCAGCAGGCAUGGAUGAGCGCUGGGCGGUGUUGUCGCUUAGUGCUGGGCAUGCGUCUUUACGAGCUCGAUGAUCCAAAUAAUCCGAUUACGAUGGCGAGAGAACAAGAUGGGCUGGUGGAUUGGACCGGGCUGGAAGAGCAAAGACGAACCUUUUGGAUGGCGUAUUCGUUGGACCGGUUCAUAAGUUUUCAUAAUGGGUUGCCGUUUACGUUGAAUGAGCAAUUGAUCUCAACGCGGCUGCCAGCGCCCGAGGAAGAAUUCCAGGCCGGUCAGCCGGUCGUAACUCGGUUUUUGGCCGAGGUGAUGGCGCGGAGUUGUCUCGGAGGUGAGAAUGUAGGAGGAAUGGUCAUCUCUUCAUUUGGCGAAUGCAUUAUUCUUGCGACUAUCUGUGGACGAGCGCUCUCGCAUCGUCAGAAGCUAGCCGUGGAGCAGAUCAAUGGUGACGUGUUUGAUGGACUUUGGACAAGACACCAGUGGUUGCAUGAACUGUUGAGCAAUCGCAUUCAAGUCCUGUCGACGUCCACGCAGGUUGAUUCCAUGCUUAUAUUUGCGCGAAUAGUCGCACAGACGAUGGUGCUGUAUUUGCACAACGUGCUGGAGUCGAUCGUUUGGAAAACAGGGGAUCACUUGUUGGGGAUUAUCGAGUAUGAGAGACUGUGUAUUCUGGCGGCGCAUGAGGUUGUGAAUCUGGUUAAAUUGCAGGGCCAGCUGGGAUAUUUCAAAGUCCAUCCAUUAACGCCAAUUCCCCUGAUGAUGUGUACCGAGUUCUUCACGGCACAUGGGUAUCUCGACUCGUCGUUCGAUGGCAUGUUGCGAGAACUACUGGAAUGUUUGCAAGACUUGGACCGAGCUAAGAACCCUAUUCAAAGUCCGCAGUUAUCUGUGUCAUAA